ACCUCCUACACCAUCUCCUACUCCAACACCAGCACUGACUGUUUCACUGACUCCAGAAGUGAUAUCUCUGCUAGUGGGACAUCAUACACUCUGACUGGUCUAGAGGAGGGAACUGAAUAUUCUAUCACUGUCACUGCCACUCUGACUGGGAAUGGAGGGACUCAAGAAGGCAGCACCACAGCCACCACACUGACUGCUGCUCCAUCUGCUUCUCCUCCUGAUGUGAUUGUUACUGAUGUGAAUUCCUCUGCCAUCACUGUCCAGUGGGGGAGUGUACCAUGUAUCCAUCAGAAUGGAGCCAUCACAGGCUACUCAGUCCAGUAUGGAGUGAUGGGGAGUGGGAACACAGAGAUUGUUGCUGUAAAUGGAGCUAUUGCCACUCAGACCACCAUCUCUGGUCUGAUGUCAUCCACUACCUACUUCAUUAGAGUCGCAGCAGUCAAAAAUGCUGGUCCUGGAGUCUACAGUGACCUAGAAAUG